AUGCACGCUACAUUGAAAAGAUUCGCAGCUCACUCGCUUAGAGCUGCUGGGACUGGAGUAAGAGCAUCUCAAAAUUUUUCAGUUACUAACAACUUCAUAAAUAGAACUACAAUCCGUAACAUGGCUUCGCUUGACGCAUCUAAGCUUGAAAUCAUCAAGACGACAAGUCCAAAGACCAAACUUCCAAAUGACCAGUUAGUCUUUGGUAAAACUUUCACUGACCAUAUGCUUGAAAUUGAAUGGACAGCUGAAGCUGGUUGGGGUACUCCAAAGAUCUCCCCAUACCACAACUUGUCAUUGGACCCAUCCACCGUUGUAUUACACUAUGCUUUCGAACUUUUCGAAGGUAUGAAAGCAUACAAGGAUAAGAACGGAAACAUCAGAACUUUCAGACCUGACAAGAACAUGAUCAGAAUGAACAAGUCUGCCGCCAGAAUUGCUUUACCAACUUUUGAUGGUGAAGAAUUGAUCAAGUUGAUAGAUAAGUUCUUGUUAGUUGAGGAAAGCUUCGUGCCAGAAGGAACCGGUUACUCAUUAUACUUGAGACCAACUUUAAUCGGUACCACUGCCUCUUUGGGUGUUGGUACUCCAGACCGUGCUUUAUUGUAUGUUAUCGCUUCCCCAGUAGGCCCAUACUACUCCUCUGGAUUCAAGCCAGUUUCCUUAGAAGCCACUGGCCACGCCGUAAGAGCAUGGCCAGGUGGUGUUGGUGACAAGAAGUUAGGUGCUAACUACGCACCAUGUAUCUUGCCACAGUUAGAAGCCGCUAAGAGAGGUUACGCUCAAAACUUGUGGCUUUUCGGUGAAGAAGGUUACAUCACUGAAGUCGGUACCAUGAACGCUUUCUUUGCAUUCGAGAACGAUGAUGGAACCAAGGAAUUAACUACCGCUCCAUUGGACGGUACUAUCUUGGAAGGUGUCACUAGAGAUUCCAUCUUGCAAUUAUGUAAGGAAAGAUUACCAAAGGAAUGGACUGUCACUGAACGUAAGUUCACUAUCCAUGAAGUUGAAGAAAGAGCCCAAAAGGGACAAUUAAUCGAAGCUUUCGGUGCUGGUACAGCUGCCGUUGUUUCCCCAAUUAAGGCCAUUGGUUGGAAGGGUAAGGACAUUGAAGUCCCAAUCGUUGCCGGUGCUUGUGGUGAAGUAACUAAGUCCGUCUCCGAAUGGAUCAGUGCCAUUCAAUACGGUGAUGAAGAAUACAAUGGGUGGUCCAGAGUAGCCAAAUAG